GUACUUCAACAAGCUCUUUUUCCUGUCUCUGCCCUCCAUCUCCUGAACCCCUUGGGCCAGAGCUUAGAACAUUAAUCUAUCUAUAUUUUAAGGGCCAGAGAUAUCUCUGCUUGGGGCCUAUCGCCCUUAGUCAACUUUGUAAUGACAGUUUGCAGAGACAAGUCGUUAUAAUCUGACAGUAUGUCAUGAGAUAUUCAGGAACACAGAUGACAAUAAUAUUGGAAACAAUGUUUUGAAUUUAAACAUAUAAUAGAUUAUUCGUUAAAAAUGGGCGACCCCUCGCUGUUUGAACUUCAAGCUCGCUUAGUACAAGUCCGAAUGAUUUAUCCAAAUUUGAUUGAAAAAACCUACCAACACGUUAGGAAGUCUCUUCUCAAAUUGUUGAAUGAAUGUAAAUACGAUGAAAAUGAGAUACCUGAUAUAAUAGACGAACUUCUUCCAAUAUGUAACAACUAUACAGAUAUCACAGGAGACGAAGAUUUAAGUAAGCUGCUUGAUCAGACGAGAGCCGUGAUAAUACUGGCAGCAAAGAAAAAUUGCAAGAUGUCAGAAGUCAUCGAUGCUAUUUGAAUUUCAUCCAUUAUUUUUAAGAAGUUCUUUGUAUAUGGACUCCAGACAAUCAAUUCUGGGCAUACAACCCUGUAAUAAGAAUUAUUUCAAAUGUAUUUUUUCAGUUGGAACAAGCAUUCAGUCUAUUUAGGUUCAAAAAAAGUUCAGACAUUGCUUCAUAAUGACUAUUAUUUGUAUAUAUUUUCAAAUAAUUGAAAAUAAAAAAAAAAUUUUGUUAAAUAUAUACCAUUUAUUAGAAUAGCAAAUCUUACUGAAGGAAUGAAUAAUAUAUAUGUAAAAUAAUAUUUAAUUCAGUAAAAGUAAAACUUAUGGUAGGGAUGAAUAAGUUGAUAACAAGUACUCACUGGAAUGAAAUUUGUAAGCUUUAUUGUUUGUUUUAAAACUAAUUUUUUUCUUUGAAUUUAGUUCUUUGUAUAAUAAGGCAAACUAAUUUAUUAUUUCCAAAUGAAUAUUUUUUGUGUGAAAUUAUACCUUAUCGCAUACUUACCAUAAAUAGUGGAAUUAACAUAUCACUAUUUGAUCCUUUUGUUAAAAUUGUUAAUAAGUAUAUAAUUUUUUGCUGAAAGAACAAAAGUAAUGUUGAAGAAUUAAUAAAUUAUAUGACUAAUU